AUGAAACAAGAUUUCAGAAAAAAUAAGUUUUCCGGAAAUUUAUUAAAUUUACUAGGAAAACAACCAGACAAUCACCAAAUUGCUAUAAAUGAAAUAUUAAAAGAAGCUGAUACUUGUGGACAUAAAAGAAAAGAAGGGGGAGGACACCAUAAUAUAUCUUUAAUUAAAGCUUUAAUUCAAAUAUUAAAACAACCACAUUUACGGAAGGCUUUUAUUAUUGGAACGUUGUCUUUACAAAUUAUUGUUGGUAUAUGGCCAAUAAUUUACAUAUCUACAGAUUUAUUAGAAGCCCAUUUUGAUGCUAAUGCUAGUCAAUAUUCCUCAUUUGCUUUUAUUUGCGCGAAUUUUGUUGCUUCAGUUAUUGGGACUUGUAGUGUUGAAAAGUUUGGCCGUCGUCCAAUGUUAAUAUGGUGUGGGAUAGCAAAUACAUUAUGUUUAUGUUCUUAUAUUUUAUUUGAUAGAAUGACUAGUCAAAGAUCAAUUUUCUUCGUCAACCCCCAAUUUAAAUAUGGCUGUGUUUUCUCUUUAAUAGCUUAUGGAAUAACUUAUGGAGCUGCUCUUGGCCCAAUAGCAUUUUUUAUCACUUCAGAACUUGUUCCCCAAAGAUUUCGUUCACUUGUGCAAUCUAUUGUUUUUAUGACUAACACGAUUAUCAAUUUCGUCUUCUCUUUCAUCACCCUACCCUUAUAUGAAAUAAUCGAUGUCUGGUCUUUUAUACCUUUAUUUAUCAUUCCCUCAACUAUUUCAAUUUGUUAUCUGAUUAAAGAAUUGCCUGAAACUAAAGGUUUUAUUUUUGAAUUUAUUUUAAGUGCUCUUUUAUUUAUCCGCCUCUAUUUUCUACCUUUAAUUUACCUUAAGACAUGUCUUCUGUCAAACUCUCUAUCCGAUUUUUUUCCAAGCCUUCAGUUAUCACAGCGUUCUAGAGCGUUUAACACACUUAUUUGUUAG